AUGCUUUCUUCCUCCUUCCGACGCGUUCCACGUCGUCCAGCCCCAAGAUGUCGGCGUGCAGGUCGUUGUAUUACGACUUCUAAUACAGAAGGUGCCACCGAGGUACCGCCUCCUCUACGAAUAAAACCAUGGAGGAACAAACCGGAUACCAGUUUUCAAAGGUCAACCAAUGGCACUUCACUAUCUCGUUACAAUUUACGCCUCUCUAUGGCAGCUACUAAAUCUUACGUUUCUUCAUGCUUUGAGACCUUGUCGGAAAUGAAAGAAAAUAAUGUCAAACCCGACCUUUCGACCUACCACCCUAUCCUCCAAGUACUUGCCAAUAUCCGUGCAGAAACGGAGGCGUUGGCAGUCUAUGAUGAUAUGCUUUCUAACGGCAUUCAACUUGAUAUUCAUGCUUAUAAUCUUUUACUUGAUGCUAUUCAACACAGGUCUUCAGGUGAAACAUGGUCAAUUCUCCAUGACAUGAGAAAGCAGUCAAUCAAUCCUAAUUCUGGCACAUACUCCAAAAUUAUCCGAAUAUUCACGGCCGCCCAAAACUUAGAAACGUCAUUGGUUCACUUGCAGGAAAUGCGGAGGAAAGGUGUCGAGCCCGAGUUUGAGACAGUACAAGAUGUCGUGGAUCUCGCAGCAAAACAGGGUCAUCCACGCCUCGCUCUAGAUUUGAUUGACAGUCUUAAGCAUGUCCUAGUGCGGGAUAUCGGAUUGAAUGUUUGGAAGAACUGCCUAAAGGCGUCUGCUAAUAUCCUUUGGAAAGACGGCACUCUCAAGUCCUGGGAAGCUGUUGUUAAGGAUGAGGCAUUUGAGCCCGAUGAGAGCCUUUGCGUUUCUGUGCUCCACGUUGCGGGACAUCAUGGCCUGCCUGACCUAUCGGCCAGCGUUCUCGCUGUCUUAAAAAAAUCCGAAAUUCCUUGGAACGAACCUCAUUUUGCUUCCUUAAUUGAAGCUUUCACGUGUAAUGGCCAAAUUUCUGAAGCAUUCACUACCCUCAACCUUAUGCAGUCUAACAACAUCUCCAUUUCACCGACCACCUUAUCACCCCUUGUCGAGGCGAUCAAGAAGGACGAAGAUUCAUUGGAUGCUGCUUGGUCUAUUGUCGAGAAUCUUCCGAAGGCUCAUAUCGCUGCUUUGAACACAGUUAUCAGAGCCGCAGGUGCUCUUGGUGACUUGCAACGCGCUGUUGGCGCCUACAAGUCUGCAACCGAUAUGAAUGUAGAACCAAACCUCGAUACCUUCCAUUCUCUUCUCGAAGCAGCUUUGACUGCACGACGUCCGCUUGGCGACAUAAUCAUGGAGGAUAUGAAAGCGGCUUCUAUUGAUCCGGACCAACGGAUAUUUGAGCUGCUGAUCGACCUCUCAUUGACCCAGGAAUCUUAUGAAGAUGCUUUUUACCACCUGGAAGAGAUGAAAGCUGCUGGAUUUACUCCUCAACAGUCAACUUAUGAAUCCAUUGUACGGAAGUGUGCGUUGAAUGGUGACGAACGGUAUACCAUUGCAUUAGACGAGAUGAAGGAGAAGGGCCAUGUGCCAUCGGGACCAUUCCAGCGGGAGGUGUUGUCAGCUUACAAAAACGUGUCCCUACAACAACCUGACGCUCCCAGUACCUCUUUCUCCUCUCAUGGCCGCGGUGUACUGGACGGCUCGGCUCAAAGAUUCAUUGAGGCAGGGGGGUUGGUUUAG